CAGCGGGAUGUUUCAUCAAAAGUGGAUGCCCCCUCUCUGUUUCUCAAAACAAAUAUAUUUUGUUGUUCAAAACUCUUCCAAAAAUUACUUAUUACAAUUAAUUUGGAACAUUUUGCCUUUUCAAACCUAAUAGGAUACUAAACACAGUGUUUAUUGGACAAAGGUGAAACCUAAAUGCAUCAAUAACAAUCGCAAAUAAUGGACCAUCAGCAGCAUUCGAUGGAAGAAGUCGCGGAUGCCGGGGCUCACGGCUUCACGAGACAGCGUAGACCGAGAAGUGACCCGCUCUGCUGUCCAAUCUGCGGGGUGACACUCCGCACGAAUGAAAUCGACCAGCACUUUGCCCUGGAAGUGGAACGGUUAGAUAAAAUCCUCAAGCCACGGAGGAAUCUUCACUGCCCAACCGGUGGCUAUCCAAUGGGAACGGAUAUGGCUUCAGUGGGGCCGGGAACAAGCACGAGUAGAGCGACAGCAACAAGUAGUGGCGCAGGUAUGGCCAAUGGAAACCGGUCUCUGGAGGAUAACGGCGAACCUGGGCCGGGAAGUAAUCCAGAUGAAUGCUGGGGCACUUAUCAAAAGAUCAAAAACAACCGGCAAGCAAGGUUGAAGAUGAAGACAAGAAAACGUAAAACGGAGGACAACGUCUGCCCCGUCUGCAAUAGUCAGUAUCGGAGGAAAUCCGACACAUGUAGAGGCCUGUCUGAGGAAGAGUGA